AUUUGUUUUCACAGGUCAUUGGGUUCCCGACAUCUUGACCACUGGAUUUGUGACAGUGCUUCUGGGGCUGCAGAGGGCAAGGAGGGGCCCUGACAUCAAACCAGAGCAGGGACACAUGUGCCUGGAGAGAGAGCUAUUAGGCCCAGAGGCCUCUGCCUAGCAGCUACCCUGUGAGACAAGGUCAGGCAGGGCUCAUGGGGCAAAGAAAAGAGAAAUUUCCAAGAGCUUCCUGGAAGAGUCUGAAUCCCAAAAGUACAUUCUGAGUGCCUGCGGUAUUGGAGCCUUGGGCUCCACCUGGACCUGUGCCAGGUGCUUGGUCAUCCCCUUUAGCAAAGAGAAGUGUGUUUGUCACCCUCCAAACAAAGGGCCAGAGACUCCAGAUUUAUGGGCUGGCCCUGGCUGGGCUGCUCCACGGGCUCUAAGGCCAGCGGGUCCCAGACCCGCAGGAACAGCUGGCCUUCCUGUCUGGAGUCUCACCAGUUGGGGCAGGUGUGUGCAGAGACUCUGGGCCCCCACCCCCGAAGGCCCUCUGAUGUUGGCCAAGGACAAUCGUUGCCUUGGCUGGAUUGUUACAUAUGGGUCGUCAUCCCUGAAAAGGCCUCAGCAGCCAGGCUUCAUGAGAGUAGAGCAGCUCUGCGAGGUGGAGAUGGAGAGUUCUUGGGGACUGGCCGUCUGCUAGCCCUGCGUGGGAGAUACCCCAAGACCGUGGAAUCCUGCGCCUUGAAACUUCCAGAGGAGCCUUGUAUGUCACAAAGUGGCCUGAGGGGCUUCCAGCUUAUUUGGGGGGAGUGCAGAUGAGGAUGCUGCAGGCAUGUUUGACCCGCGUGUAUUAGACUGCCCAGCGGUGAUUUUCGACAAUGGGUCCGGGCUUUGCAAGGCAGGACUGUCUGGAGAGAUUGGCCCCCGCCAUGUCGUCAGCUCCGUCGUGGGGCACCCCAAGUUCAAGACGCCUUUGACAGGGGCCAACCAGAAGAAGUACUUUGUGGGGGAAGAGGCCCUGCACAGGCAUGAGGUCCUUCAUCUGCACUACCCCAUUGAGCAUGGCCUGAUCACAGGCUGGGACGACAUGGAGAAGCUCUGGAAGCACCUGUUCGAGUGGGAGCUAGGAGUCAAGGCCAAUGACCAGCCGGUGCUCAUGACAGAGCCUUCGUUGAACCCCAGGGAGACCCGGGAGAAGAUGGCCGAGGUGAUGUUUGAGAGCUUUGAUGUGCCCGCCUUCUACCUGUCGGACCAGGCCGUGCUGGCCCUCUACGCCUCGGCCUGCGUCACGGGCCUGGUGGUGGACAGUGGGGACGGGGUCACCUGCACUGUCCCCAUCUUCGAGGGCUACUCCCUGCCCCACGCUGUCACCAAGCUCUAUGUGGCGGGGAAGGACAUCACAGAGCACCUCACCCGGCUCCUGCUGGCUAGCGGGAGGACCUUCCCGUGUGUGCUGGACAAAGCCCUGGUGGACGACAUCAAGGAGAAGCUGUGUUAUGUGGCCCUGGAGCCUGAGAAAGAGUUGUGCCGAAGGCCGGAGGAGGUCCUCCGCGAGUACAAGCUGCCCGACGGCAACAUCGUUCCCAUCGGGGACCAGCUGUACCAGGCGCCCGAGGCUCUGUUCUCGCCUGAGCAGCUGGGCAUCCAGAACCCGGGCCUGUCCAAGAUGGUCUCCUGCAGCAUCACCAAAUGUGACGCUGACAUCCAGAAGACCCUCUACGGGGAGAUUGUACUGUCCGGCGGCACCACACUCUUCCAGGGGCUGGAUGACCGGCUUCUGAGGGAGCUGGAGCAGCUGGCCUCCAAGGGGACCCCCAUCAAGAUCACGGCACCGCCCGACCGCUGGUUCUCCACGUGGAUCGGUGCCUCCAUUGUCACCUCCCUGAGCAGCUUCAAGCAGAUGUGGGUUACCUCUGCUGACUUCAAGGAGUUUGGGACAUCUGUGGUUCAGAGAAGAUGCUUCUGAGGGGCCCCGAGUCCAGGGCAGCCUAUAGGUGGGAAGUGUGUUCACCAUGUGGCAUCCUCGGGAUGUUCAAUAAAAGACAAGAUGGGGCAGUG